AUGGUUUCAAUUUCUCUACAUUACUCCCAGGAUACUUGUGGGAUUUGUCAUCAUGCUGUUGCAGAAGCUUUAUUCAAGUUGAAAGAUCCAGAUACCCAGUUAGAGAUAAUUGAGCUGCUUCUGAAGGCAUGUGACGUUGUGGAGGGCUAUGCAACAAAGUGCAAGAAUCUGGUUUUUGAAUAUGGACCAGUGAUCCUCGUCAAAGCAGAGCAGUUUCUGGAGACAAAUGACAUAUGCUCUCUGUUGCAUGCCUGCAGUUAGUAUGUAGCAAAGCAUUAACAAUGGCAAAAGCAUCCAUGCCUUUUAGAUCUUAGAAAGGACAGCAACGAAAGACCGGAUCAAUAAUGUUGUGAUAUCAGCAAUUGGCAUAUGUAUGUAUCCUUUUCCUCCAGUGUGAGCUUCAAUGUCAUAUCCUCCAAGAGUGUUGUACUCACCACUUUUUCUUUUACCUCAUUUGUGC